AUGGACGAGGAAGAUCGAACGGUGUUAACAGAAUACAUCGCCGUGCCGCCUUCUCUCUCUCAAACUCGCUCACUCUAUCGAUUCAUUCCUCGCAGGGUUUGGGUUUCAUCCUCCAGUGGAAAGCUUGCGACUUUGAGAUAUUGUGCAGCUAAGUCACGCAUAUACUAUUCCAUGGCUGCCGCUGACCAGCGCCGUUCUCGCCACCACCACGACGAAAGCCCUUCGAAACCGAACAAGAAGAGGAAAGGAAGCCACAACACAGAAAAGAGUCUCCUUAUCAGUCUCCAUUCCUGUUCCAAGUCCAAGGACCUCUCUGCUGCGUUAGCUCUUUUUGACGAAGCUGUCGUUUCCAGUGACGUCCGCCUUGGCCUGCAACACUUCCAGAGCCUUCUUUACCUCUGCUCUGCGUCCAUUAGUGACCCAUCUCUUCAGACCCUUGCCAUUGACCGUGGCUUCCAGAUUUUUGACCGUAUGGUGAGUUCCGGGGUAAGUCCUAAUGAGGCAUCCGUCACUUCAGUGGCACGACUAGCUGCUGCUAAAGGUGAUGGUGAUUAUGCUUUCAAGGUUGUGAAAGACAUUGUUGCUGUUGGCGGCGUAUCAGUUCCUCGUCUGAGAACUUAUUCUCCGGCUUUGCUCUGUUUCUGUGAGAGAUUGGAUGCUGAAAAGAGUUACGAAGUGGAAGAGCACAUGGAUGCUUCAGGCAUUGUGUUGGAGGAGGUGGAGAUCUCGGCUCUGCUGAAGGUAAGCGUUGCCACAGGACGAGAAAACAAGGUUUAUAGAUAUUUGCAUAAGUUAAGGGAAUGUGUUGGCUGCGUUUGUGAAGAGACUUCGAAAGUUAUAGAGGAAUGGUUCUGUAGAGAGAAAGCUAGCGAGGUUAGCAGUAGUGGGAUUGGUUCUGAUACUGAGUUGCUUAGAGAAGCUAUUUUGAAGAAUGGAGGUGGGUGGCAUGGUCUUGGGUGGGUUGGAGAAGGCAAAUGGAUUGUGAAGAAAGGUUUUGUUAGUCCUGCAGGGAAGUGUUUGAGCUGCGGUGAGCAUUUGGCUUGUGUAGAUACCAAUGAGGUAGAGACUGAGAAUUUUGUGAAUUCUUUGGUGGCUUUGGCUAUGGAGAGAAAGGCGAAGAUGAAUUCAUGUGAGCCAAUGCCGGACUUCAGCGAGUUUCAGGAGUGGCUUGAAAAGCAUGGAGAUUAUGAAGCUAUAUUAGAUGGAGCAAAUAUUGGGCUCUACCAACAAAAUUUUGCAGAUGGUGGAUUCAGUCUACCACAGCUUGAAACUGUAGUGAAGGAGCUUUACAACAAAAGUGGUAACAAGAAAUGGCCGCUAAUUCUCUUGCACAAGAAACGGGUCAGUGCGCUUUUAGAGAACCCUAAUCACCGGAAUGUGGUGGAAGAGUGGAUUAAUAACAAUGUCCUAUACACGACUCCACCAGGUUCUAAUGAUGAUUGGUAUUGGCUCUAUGCUACUGCUAAACUCAAGUGUUUGCUUGUGACAAACGAUGAGAUGAGAGAUCACAUUUUUGAACUAUUAAGUAACAGUUUUUUUCAGAAAUGGAAAGAAAGGCAUCAGGUUCGGUAUACAUUUGUGAAAGGCUGUCUAAAGCUUGAAAUGCCACCUCCUUUCUCAGUUGUGAUCCAGGAAUCGGAGAAAGGGUCAUGGCACGUUCCGAUCACAUGCCAAAACAAUGAGUCUGAGAGAAGUUGGUUAUGCAUUACGAGAUAG